CAUUUAUGGAUCGCUCGUAUUUCUUGGUUGAUAAUCUAUUCUUUACAGUGGAGAGUCACCACGGACGCUUCUAAUGCAAGAGUUGUCUUGUCUUCUUUAACGUCCCUGAAUGCUUGCGGACAUGAUUUACGAGAACCGUUAAUUUUGGUUUGUUCAGCAAACCUUGCUGGACGGGAUUUCUGCACUAAAGAUGGACUUCUCUACUGUGAGUCUCACCAGCAAGACGCCACCAGUCUCAUCUGUGCAUCCUGCUCCCAACCCAUAUCUGGGCGUUGUAUCAACGCGAUGGGCAAGCGCUUCCACCUGCAACACUUUGUCUGCACCUACUGCCUGCGUCAGCUAAACACGGGCACCUUUAAGGAGCGCGCCUCCAAACCCUACUGCAGCACCUGCUUCCGGCAGCUCUUCGGCUAG